AAAGAAGAAGCAGACAAAGUGCCUGCCCUCACAGAGAACCCCGAUGUAAUCCUGUGUUGCCCGAACAAGCUGAUGGAUGAAGAUGAGAAAGACAGAGCAAAGAGGGCAUCACGGAACAAAUCUGAGAAGAAGAGAAGAGACCAAUUUAAUGUCCUCAUUAAAGAGCUCUGCACUAUGCUACAGGGCCAUGGGCACCCUCUUAAGAUGGACAAGUCCACAAUAUUGCAAAGGACAAUCGAUUUCUUACAGAAACAGAAAGAAAUCACGGCACAGACAGAAGCCUGUGAAAUUAGGCAAGACUGGAAACCCUCAUUUCUUAGUAAUGAAGAGUUUACUCAGUUGAUGUUAGAGGCACUUGAUGGAUUUCUUAUUGCACUAACCACUGAUGGAAUGAUCAUUUAUGUGUCCGACAGUGUUUCAUCGCUUCUUGGCCAUUUACCGUCAGAUUUGGUGGACCAAAAUAUAUUAAAUUUUCUCCCGGAAAGGGAACAUGGUGAAGUUUACAAACUGCUGGCUCCACACAUUCUCAUGACGGAACCUAGCACGCCAGACUUUUUCAACAAUGAAAAACAAGUGGAAUUUUGCUGUCAUUUAGCAAGAGGAAGCCUGGAUCCCAAUGAGCCUCCGACUUAUGAAUAUGUCAAAUUUGUUGUAGAUUUUAAGUUUUUUACUCAUGUGCCUACAUCUUCAUAUAAUGGCUUUGAGUCUGCUGUUGCAAGGGCAUUUCGGUCAGCCAAUGAGGAGCAGAUAUGUCUGGUAGCCACAGUUCGUCUUGUAACUCCACAGUUUCUGAAGGAAUUGUGCAACAUUGAAGAACCGUGUGAAGAAUUCACAUCAAGGCACAGUUUAGAAUGGAAAUUUCUGUUUUUGGACCAUAGAGCUCCACCUAUAAUUGGAUACCUACCUUUCGAAGUGCUUGGGACGUCUGGCUAUGAUUACUAUCAUGCAGAUGACCUUGAACUUCUAGCACGAUGCCAUGUGCACUUGAUGCAGUAUGGGAAGGGAAAGUCCUGCUAUUACAGAUUUCUAACCAAAGGCCAACAGUGGAUCUGGCUCCAGACUCAUUAUUACAUAACGUACCAUCAGUGGAAUUCAAAGCCGGAGUUUAUUGUUUGCACGCACACCGUAGUCAGCUAUGCUGAAGUCCGAGCGGAAAGAAGGAGAGAUCUUGGGCUGGAGGAAUCAACCAUUGAAAUAGCAGAUUCAGCAUUAAAGAGUCAGAAUGCUUUUUUAGAAAUCACACAAUGCACGGCCAACCAAGAACUAAACAGGGAUAGACUGUCUGUUUCAUCUCACAGCUCACGCAGAUCUUCCCAUACAGCUCUCUCCGACACUGCCUCCACAUCGUCAAUGAGGCCUACGGAAGCCAGCACGCCCUCUAGACAUUCAUUAUCCAAAAGCCAACAAGAUAAGCCUCAGAUGAGAAUGACACCCAGCAGUAACCAGCCUGUCUUAACACAUCAGACUCCAUCGGAACAUCUUCCCCAGCAUCAUGUUGCCCAGCCAACCUCUUCAGCACCACAGGCUAUUUUGCCUGUAUAUCCCUACCCGACCCAGCUAGGAAUGGUAAACCAACUGAAAGAGCAAUUGGAGGAGAGAACCCGGAUAUUGCAAGCGGAUAUCAAAACUCAACAAGAGGAACUACAUGUUAUAAAAGAACAGCUUCAGCUUGUCCAAGAUUCUAACCUGCAGAUGUUGAUGCAACCUAUACAAAUGGGAUUUAAUAACAUGCAACAACAAGACCCAAGAAGAGUGUCCCACCAACCCAGCGGGAUGAGCAGGCAAAGUAUGGACAUGGGAAAGAAGUCUCAGAAUGUUAUUGGCUCCACCAAACGGUUCUGCGGGUCUAGUGGGUCUUCACAACACAAUUAUGCGACUCCAGUUCAGAAUCCAACUCAUCAGCACCACCAGCAAGGACAGCAACAUCAGCAAGCACAUCAGCAGCAGCAGCAACAACAGCAGCAGCAGCCACAUCUACAGCAGCAACAGCAGCAGCAGCAACAACAAAUACAGCACCAGCAACAACUACACCAGCAACUACAACAGCAGCAGCAGCAACAGCAGCAGCAACUGCACAAACAGCAGCAGCAGCUACAGAAACAGCAGCAGCAUCAACUGCAAAAACAACACCAGCAGCAGCAAAUACAGAAACAGCACCAGCAGCAAUUACAGCAGCAACGACAUCAACAGCAGUUAAUGAGAGGAAACCAAGCUCAGCAGACAGCUCUGACUGUCCAGACUCAUGGUAACAUUGUCAUGCCCAUUUAUGGAAACGCGAUGAUGUUCUCUCAAACCAACCUAAGCAAUGUUCCAUCAAGGGUUCCAUCUGUGACUGGAGAUAGGCAACAAUCGUCCGAUUAUAACCAGGAUCGGCAUUUAAGGUUUGUACAAGAUCAGCAAAUGAGACCCCCUACCUUACAAAUGCAGCCAAUCACGUGCACCCCAGUGAUAACUGCUCCGCCUACUCCAGCGUACACCCCUUCAGUUAUGAUCCCCCAGGCAUCCUUCACACCCCAACAGACCCAUCAAGCUGUCCAUCUACACCAUUGCCAACAGCAACAGGUCCAACCACAGCACUUGUAUCUUCAGAUGCAAACUCCAGAGUCGAUGCAAGCAAACCAGACCCAACGCAUUUUUCAGCAACCACACAUGGCACAGCAAAGCACCAUGGGAUAUUUCCUGCAUCCUCAACAGCAAACCCAACCUGGGAACAUCGCAGACCUACCCGAGAUGCAGUUGCCCUGACACUCCAGAAAGAACAGCAGGUGGAAUGCCUUUCACAAACGUUAAAGGACAUUUAAGAGCUUUACCACAUAAAGAGCAAAACGAUGCGGUCAGGAACCCAAUGGAUAAACAACAAAGGACAAUUUCUUCAUUUUGAUGGCAUAUAUACGUAUUUAUUACAGAUGAAUAAAACACCAGACUACUAAUUCUCAUACCAUAGAUUUCCAGCUGCCUUCUAGUGAGCAGAGAUAGUCUCUGUGUUUUCAUGUUAUAAACUCACACGAAACGUGUACAUCAGGGGCUUUUUCCGUGUCUGCCAAAGCAAACUCAGCAAGUGAUUGAGGAAUAUUUCUGGCAUAAUUACGUCAAAAGAUGCUGUGGUUAUUGUUUGUGGGGUUUUCGUUUGUCGUCGUUAAACCAACAUCUCAUAGAGCAAUGCAUUGUGGGUCAGUAUGGCCAUAAAAGGGCACUGUUUGUUUCAUCCUUAAGCGUCCUUAUGUUGGUAAAAUGUAGCUGUGCAUCAGCAUGAUUUUUAAUGUAAUUUAAGAAUUACUAUACUUGUAUUACUAUUUAUAAAUCAAGUUUUUUUUUUUUUUUUUAUAAAAUUUUGUUCAUUAGAUUUAUGCCAAAAUAUAAUCACUUGUAAGAAUAUUGAUAAAAGGGCAGCAGAGGUGUUGCCUUGCCAAUAAUGUAUUUAAUAUUGUUUUUGCUUGUCUGUGUGUAGAUGAGUACACACUCCUAGUGCUUGGAAUGGGCCAUGAAGAUAUUUACACAUGAAUGGAUGACAAUGUACCGGUUCAAUGUAGGCAGAACCGUUUUUGAGGCAGGCCUCGCGUGCAAAUUCAGUCUGGUGGACUAUGAUAUAUUAGAAACUGAAUUGGAAACUUUAGGCCUAAGAUUUUUUCCCCCCUCAAUAUUUUGUCCCAAAUUUUCCACUUCAGCUGUCAGCUCAACCAAAAUCAAUGUUUAGUGGAUACAUUUUGGUAUUCUUUUGAAAUUUGUUGUGGUUUUCUUAAAUGAAAAGUUUAAUGUGGAACACACUUUUUUUAAUUUACAUUUU